AUGUCUGUCGGAGACGAAAACUGGCAAACGACAAGACCAACCAUUAGAGAGAGAGCCAAAUUUGUUUUUAACAACGAUCGCCUCAGCGAUAUCAAGUUCGUUGUUCGUAAGACGGAUGGUGAAAGCGAAAGUAAACAAGUGAUUCCUGCUCACAAGUUCGUGCUGUCCAUCAGCAGUCCUGUGUUUGAAGCUAUGUUUUACGGUGAGUUGGCGGAGACUAAAGACUUUAUUGAACUGCCUGACUGUGAAUACGAGAGUCUCUUGGAGUUUUUUCGUUUCAUGUACAGCGAUGAAGCGAACUUGAGCGGAAGCAAUAUCAUGGGAGUGUUGUAUUUGGCAAAGAAAUACAUGGUGCCGUCACUAGCUGAGAAGUGCUCGGAAUAUCUACUGACGAACUUGGAUCCAUCCAAUGUUUUCAGUAUCCUUCCUUCUGCUCAGAAAUAUGAAGAGAAAGACCUGGUGGAACGAUGCUGGAAAGUGAUCGAUGACCAGACGGAACAAGCAGCGAAAUCGGAUGGAUUUGCGACAAUUCAGAGGUCAUUACUUGAGGCAAUACUCGUAAAAGACACUCUGGCGAUUGAAGAGAUAGAUCUUUUUAAAGCUGUUGACUUAUGGGCCACAAAAGAAUGUGAGAGACAAGGUUUAAAGGCAGAUGGUGACACAAAAAGAAGAAUUCUUGGAGAAAAAGCAGUGAAGGCAAUACGCUUCCCAACAAUGAGUCUGGAAGAUUUUGUGAGUGUUGUUUUACUCAGUGAUAUUCUUACAAAAGCCGAAAUUGUUAGUCUUACCAGACACAUAAGUUCUGUCUCCAAGUCUCCAGCGGGAUUUUCCGAAAUAGCAAGAUCUGGUUCUACUGGGAAAAUUCAAGGAUGUGGUAGAUUUACCUCACCACCUCAUGAUAGAUGGAAUUACAGUGGCAAACCAGAUGUCAUCGAUUUCGCUACAGACGAAGACACUUCCUUAUAUGGAGUACGCUUCUUUGGUAAACCGGACAGCACCUACUGUGUAGACUUCAACCUGAAGAUGCUUAAACCUGCGACAGUGUUGAUGUCUUUAAAAACUGGACCAAUACAAACAAAACAAUUGCAUGCCGAAACAUACAGUUACAACGGUUUUGAAUUGAUUUUCAGCACAAAAAUCAUUUUAAAGAAAAACACCCGGUACCGUUUAAGUGCUGUAAUAACGGGUCCUAUUUCAAAGAAAGGAAUGAACGGUGUCAGUUCUGUUCAGUGUCCAGGGGUAACAUUCACAUUCAUGAACAGUGACAUCCUAAAUAAUAAUGGAAGUAUUGUUUGUUUGGGACAGUUUCCCGAACUACUCUUUUGUCUUAAAUAAUCAGUGAAUAGUAACAUAGAACUUGGCUAUUAAGCAUCUGAUGGGUAUUGGGAAACCCAGAUUUUUUCGUUUUCUCCACGCCCAUGACAAAAAUUCUCUAUACCACUUUCUUCCCAUCAUUUACCCUUUUCGUUUUUUUUUUUCAAAGUAUCAGAGGAAACUACCAAAUCAGGAGCAUCACAAUGGAGCCAAUACCACGUUCGAAGACGGUGAUUUAUAAUGAUCGUUAAAUCAACAGAAAUUUUGCCUAUAAUAGAACUUCUUAGGGCCAAAGGCGCAUGAGUACUGAGAGAAAAUAUUCAGUUAAUGACUUUUAAUUAAUAGAAUAUCUCAAGGAUUGCUACUUGUUUCAUUUAUCUAACUCUAACAUUUUUAAAUCCAAAUCUUGAGCUUACAGUUCCGGUGUUAAUAACAGUUUUGUAUUGCGCUUAACAUUUCACAUUUCAUCUUUACAGACAAUCAUUGGAUGUACCUUUUUAAAGUUACUUUGGAGGCAAUAAUGGCUAACAACCAUCCUUACUGUCUUAUUUAGUGCAUCUCGAUUUUUCUACUUGAUUAGUCUGUGAAGAGAAUAUUCUCAAUAAAACAUGUAAAAUUUUGGGUAUAUAUUGCCCUUAAUUAGCUAGUGAAUUUGAUUUUCAAAAGCUGUGUUGCAUAACCCGUAAGGUAAAUCAGUCGUUCUUACAUUUACUCAAAAACACGAUCACAGUCAACAAUUCUUGGUGCCUUAGAUCAUUUCCCCAAUCAAGCCGUUCCCUUGAAAAAAAUCGUGACUCAUCAAGGUUCCAGCUUAUGACUUUUAUCUCGAACAAAACCGCUCCUCCUGUCGAUGUUCUAAUGUGUCACAUCAGUGACACACUCGGCUGCGCCUCGUGUGCCACUUUUUUGUUCUUACCACAUUUUGACGUCAUCUGUGAUCUAUUACUGAACAGACGCACGGCAACUUGGAAUCUAUUUGUUAAAUAGACUCACGUAUGCAGUAGUAAGUGUAGUUGUUGUUGUCGGAGCAACGACUGAUUUAAGGAGAGAUUUACUGUGGAAGAUUGCUCAUUUCAAGGAACUUUGGAGACAGCAGUUAGAUUGUGUUAGUGGAGAGCCAGGAUAUAGACUGUGGUGGGCUUAAUUAAGUUUAUUAACCACAAGUAUUGUCUUUCUUUUUAGGAGUCGCUCCUUAUUAAGAAUAUCACUCGUUGUUUAAUAAAGUUGUUGAGUUUGUGGGAUUGUAGUGUUUUUCUGUCGGUUAGAUUAUACCGUAACAAGAUAUGUCUUUUUUAUUCUUUUUUUUUUUUUUAUUUACUCAUCCCUUUUAAAAUCAUGAGCCGUUUACCAUCCCAGAAGAGUCCACAAGAGAGCUGUUAAAUUGAACGAGAAAAUUCAUUUUUUGUAAAUCCUAUUUCACAACAACCUUUCCCAGGUGAAGCUAAGUGCGAGCCUUGUUAGCGAAGGAAUUCCCAGAAAGUUGCACCUCAAAAUGGUUUAUUGGAGAAUUCCAUCAGGGUACCAUUUAAUGCUACGGCUUUGUAAAAUGGCUGCCAUUUACGAAUUCAAAACGGAAUAAAGGAUGAUUUGGGUAGUUGGAAAAGAAAAGACUGGGCAAGUAAAUAAAGGUCGUUCAGUUUUCACCCAACUCUCAUUUUUUGCUUUGUCAUCAUUUCAACUUUUUUGGGAUUCAAUCUACAAUCACUAUACGCAUCGAGUUUCCUUUUGGUUGUAUAACAAAGGCUUGCACUUCAGAGAGGAGCAAUCCCCGGAAAAAUACGUUCGAGGUUACAUUUUCGGUGAACUGUUCAUAUUUAACAGUUGCUCUUGACCGCUGUUACAAUUUGGGUACAAACUAUGUUUUUUUGUCACCAUUUUAAGAACCUUUCCGAAAUCACAACAUCACGAAAACAAAUUCUAUGUAUCACCUUUAAGUUGUUAAACAACUUUCUACAGGCCUUUUACCGAUUUUAUGAUCAUUACCAUAACUAUAACUAAAAUUAUUUUAGUCAUCAUCAUAAAUUUUGUUUUCCGUCUUUUAAGUAGUGCACGGCAAGAAUCACGCUUGAAAGAAGAAAUUCAGUUCAACAUAACCUUCGUAGGUCAUACUUCACUGAUUUCGUGUUGUUACCGUGAUUUAUUCUCAUGCUCGAGUAGGAAAUCGCAAAAAUAUGUUCCCGCAAGGCACAAAAAAAACCGCCAGUCAAUUAACUGUCCGCAAAAUUUUCACGACAUUCUUAGAUAACAUUAUAUAAGUCAAGAAAUUCAAAUUCUGUCCACAAUUUCCAGCGUAGGAAUAAUGUUUCCUCUCCGGACCGCAGUUUCUAACUCACAUACAGAUAUUCUUAACGAAUACUAAACAAUUACGUUACAGAUAGAAACGCAUACAGAAACUUCUUUAAGCAACACCAAUGCAUAUAUUAUUAGGCUCUCUGCGUAUUAAACAACCUUUGUGCCCAUUCGUGACUGCUACCGGAAAUGCUUCCAAUAUAUUCAUGCCCCGAGGCAACCUCGUUAAUAUUUGCAUGCGUAACGUUACGUGUCACUAAUUAAUGUGAACGGAGUAAAAGGGCAAAAUGUCAUUGGUGAUUUAAGUGGUUUUAUUGUGGACCACUGUACUCUGGGGGUAAAAAUCAGGUACAUUUUUGCGCAGCCUGAAUCUUGGAGGGAGCGAGUAACUCACACAACCAAUAUGAGGUUUUCUCGGUUAAUAAACAAAUAAAAGAAUACAUUAAUAUGUGACCAUUUAUAUUUAAAUUUUGGGAGUUACCCCCUGCUGUCUUCUCCUCGUGCUCCGCCAAUAUAAAAACUUCUCUACCUUGCUAACUAAAGCGAAUUGUCCCUGUCUCUAAAGCCAGAAGCAGCUAUCAUGUCUCUCACCGAAGACAAUUGGCAAACAACACGACCAACUAUCAGAGAAAGAACUAAGUUCGUUUUCAACAACGAACGUUUCAGCGAUGUCAACUUCGUUGUUCGGAAGAUGGACGAUGAACGCGAAAGUAAACACGUGAUUCCUGCUCACAAGUUGGUUCUGUCCAUCGGUAGCCCUGUGUUUGAAGCCAUGUUUUACGGCGAGUUGCCGGAGACUAAACACUCUAUUGAACUGCCUGACUGUGAGUACGAGAGUCUCUUGGAGUUGUUUCGUUACAUAUACAGCGAUGAGGUGGCUUUGAAUGGAAGUAACGUGAUGAGAGUAUUAUAUUUAGCAAAGAAAUACAUGGUGCCGUCACUCGCCGAGGAGUGCUCCAAAUAUCUUCUAAAGAACUUGGAUCCAUCCAAUGUUUUCAGCAUCCUUCCAUCCAUACAGAAAUAUCAAGAGAAAGACCUGGUGGAACAAUGCUGGAAACUGAUCGACGAAAAGACAAAGGAAGCUUUAAGAACGGAUGAAUUUGCGACAAUUCAGAGGUCCUUACUUAACGAGGUAAUCAUUAGAGACAAUCUAUCAGUCGAUGAGAUAGAUCUCUUUAAAGCUGUUGACCUGUGGGCCACAAAGGAAUGUGAGAGACAAGGUAUAGAGGCACAUGGUGACACGAAAAGAAGAAUUCUUGGAGAACAAAUUGUCAAAGCCAUACGCUUCCCAACAAUGAAGGAGGCAGACUUUGCAGGUGCGGUGCUUGACAGUGACAUUUUAACAAAACACGAGAUUAUCAGUAUCUUCAAAUAUUUUAAUUCCAUCACCAAGUCUGUAGAAGGCUUUUCCAAGGCAAAGAGGUUUGGUGAUAUUAAACGAUGCUGCAGACUGGGCUUAAAGUCAGACAACCCAUGGAAUUAUCCCAAUCGCAGAGAUUGUUUUAACUUCUCUGUGGACAAGGAUGUGGCGUUACACGCGAUAAGCUUCUUUGGUAACGAAAAUCAAACUUACCCAGUUACCUUAGAGGUGAUAGACAACACAAGUAAAUCAGUUCUAGCCACCAAAACUGCAUCCUUUCCAUCAGAGUUGUUGCAGUGCGAGAAAUGCAGCUACCAAGGUUUUGAGGUUUAUUUCGACCAGCAAAUUAACAUAAAGAGAAACACUUCCUACGCUAUAAGUGCUCUGAUAUCAGGUCCUCCUACGUGCCAAGGAAUUGGUUGUGUUGGCUCAAUUCAAUGUGCAGGUGUAACAUUCACUUUCACCAACAAUGAAUCCUCAACAAAUGGAACAAGCACCAUGUGCGGUCAAUUUCCAGAAUUAUUGUUUUCUCUACAAUAAUCACUAGUUAGUCGUAACAGAAAUGAGUACAUGGCUUGUGUAACAGGAUAAAAUGGAUUGCUUGUGGAGAACAGGUGCACACGACCGAGCGCAAAGAAGGGGGGGGAAUUUAUGAGGGCUAUGACUAAACAAGGGAAACAGGACACAGACAUGUUUAUCAUAUUAUUGAACAUUUUAGCUUUGAAACAUUUUUCGCUGUAAAUCAAGAGUAAAAGUACUGCCUGGAAUCGCUGUAUCAGUGACUCAACUCACCGAGCUGUUGCUUUUUAAAAAUUUUUCUGUCAUGCAACGAUUUUCAGCUGUUACCUCAAAGUUCAAUGAUACGCUUUAAUUCUAAAUCUUAGUCUUGGAACAACACAAAUAUCAUUUUCAAGGCCUUGAAAGUGAUGGACUUCGAGUGUGGGUCAUGGUUAAUCAUAAAAAAAUAACUGAGCCUUAGAUAUUUGAGAGAGACACCUUCAUUUCAGAUCAUUUUCACACAAAGUCAAAUAAUUUUGGAACCAGCUUCUUGAACGGUGUUUCAAAACGACAUGGAUGGGCGUACAAAAAUUUUAUUUUAACAGAUGAGGAACACCUUUUUAGUGUUUAUGGUAAAAAAAUUUUGAUGCAGCAUAAAAGCAUAUACAGUUUAAUAUUCCCUCAGCUACGCUUCAGCGCGUUGAUAAUUUUGUUUCAGAAAAACAUUUCGCUACGCUGUAAACGAUUUUGUUUCCAUGUUUAACUUAAAUUGCCGCAGAAGUCUUAACCAGUUUUUUAAUAGCAAAAUCCCAAAGUAAAAAAUCGCAGAGAAAAUUUGUUUUCUCGAGGGAUUUAUUUGCUGACGUCAUGAGCGUGCACAAUAGCAAUAUGAAGCACGCUCACGCAAUUGAAUUUGAUUAGACAAAUUUACUAGCUAUGUUAUAAAUGUAUUUGAAAAGUGUAAAUGAAAAGUGCAAAUCAAAUGAUCAUCUUCCUCGUGAGUGGUUUUCCAAAUGUGAGCAACAAAGGUUUUUUUUUUCUGGCAGGCUACUAGGCAGCUCACCGAAUACGGGAGCCACUAAGUGAAUUGAUCCUAUAUACAAAGGGAGUGAGUUUCUAAAGAAACUGUGGUACUGCGUCGGUGGGAGAAUAUAACAGGGUAAUUUAGUUUAAUAAACUGAGUUGAUUAUGUAAAUUGGCAACCGUAAAGAGUUUCUUAAGCUGACGUUUCGGGCGUUAAUCCUUCGUCAGAGUGAAUGGUCAGGUGUUGCUUCCUAUAUAGGCGUAAUUUCCCUUUCCACUGAAAACGUUCAUCCUUUUUCUCAAUAGAGAGUUCUCAGCUUCAAUUAAAGGAAAAGGAUAAAGAAGCCCUGUGUUUGCAGGCCCGAAUGUAGGUUGUAAGACAAAGUCAUUUUUCAUUGAUGUGUUUUCCGUCACGCUGGCCCCCGCGCUGACGUACGGAGAACUAGGGGUGAAAAUUCUGUCGUGUAUGAUGUUAUUUUAUCUUCAAAUUUCCUAAAUUACCACUGUCUCGGUUUCCACCCGAUUUAUAAAUCGAAUUGAUACAGCCGACAGAUAAAUUUUUCCUUGAUUCACCGCCCAUCUCACAACAGAA